AUGGCGCGGAACAAGUCACCAGGCAGUGACGGCUUACCCAAGGAGCUAUUUGAGGCGCAUUGGGACCUGCUGGGGGAAAGCUUCAUGGCUAUGGCAAAGGAUUUUGAGGGUACCGCUGCGCUGCCGGCUGAGAUCAAGGAGGCGGUGACGAUUUUGCUGCACAAGAAAGGCGACAAGGAGCAGCUAAACAACUACCGGCCGAUCACGCUGCUGAACUUCGCGUACAAGGUGCUUGCUCGGGUUGUCGCGGAUCGGAUGAAGUCGGUUCUGCACAUGGUUAUCUCACCGGAGCAGUACGGCUUCAUUCCUGGAAGGCGUUUGUCAGACGCGGUCGCCUUGGUGGCUGAUAUAAUCGAGGGGGCGAAGAACGAUAAGGGCGAUUGCUAUAUGCUCCUGGUGGAUUUUCAGAAAGCCUUUGACUCGGUCUCGAGGGACUUUCUGUUCCAGGUGCUGGAGUCCAUGGGCUUUCCGGAGCAGUUUGUUGGAUGGAUUAAAGGCCUGCACGAGGAUACAACAACGAAGCUAUUAAUAAAUGGCUGGCUCGGUGAAGGCGUGGAUGUGGUGUCGGGGGUGAGACAGGGCUGCCCCUGGCGCCCUACCUCUUCUGUGUGCUGUGGAGCCGCUGGCUCUGGAGGUGGAACGGAAGGAGCUUGGGACCCAGAAAUCCUCAUCACCUGCUUGGCGGCAAGGAGGGUGGGGCUUUUCAUAACGGAGAAAAAUCCACUCAAGAGAGAUCUCAUGGAACGGGCCGCGAAGCUUCCGUUGGGGUUGGACUCGUUCACUGCCCACAAAAAACUGUUGAAGCACUGGGAGAAUGGCAGCGCUUGGUGGAAACAGACGGUGGAGAGUUUCAUGCGCUCCCCUUUCUCUGUCAAGAACCUGGUGGGGAGCAGGGAGGAGGUGCUUCGGGAGAGAUUGGCCUUUAAUGCUGACAUACUUCUCAACGGCACCACUAAUCCGCUGGGGGGGCAGAAAGAUGCUCAGGUCCCCCUCGACUGCGCGCCGUACGCCUUGUUCCACCCCUUUCCGCCUGACGCUGCCAUGCAUAUUGCCUGGACUUCCGCCGCGAAAAACGCAAAGAAACGAAAGCGAAUCGCCAAGGGCGGCGAGGCCGUUCUCCGCGCAUUCGAGGAUUCAGAUGACGUGGCAGCAGCACCUCCGAUUGAUGACGUGGCCGUCGCUGACGAGGCGCGCGAAGAUUUCGCCACGUGUACCCCAGGCGAGAUGGAACCUAGGAGAAAGACGAGAGUUGAGGAGACAGCGCAGCUCCAGCAGAGGGGAAACGCCUUGGCACAGAGAGGAGAGUUUUCCGCUGCUAUUGCCGCGUGGGACGCUGCCAUUGGCUUAUCUCCGCUGCCACGUCAGCGCGCGGUGCUGUUCGAGCAGAAGGCGCAGGUGCUGAUGGAGAUGGGGCGGCUGUGGGAGGCCGUUCGAGCUGGCACAUGUGCCACGCAGAUCACCCCCGACUGGCACGAUGCGUGGUUGACACUCGCACGAGCUCAGCUUAAUUUCGGAGAGCCCCACCUCGCCCAGGCCUCCUUCUCCCGCGCACUCACGCUACAG